AUGCGGAUUUUUGCACACGAUCGGUUCAUAGCUGGAUAUCACAUGGGGUUGUCGCAGGCGGAUUCGGAGCAAGACUCGUAUUUUGACCGAGUGCGCGGGCCCUAUUUUUCUGAAGGCGCAGGCACUGGAACACGCAUUCUGGAAACGAUAUCAUAUUGGACUCAUCACGCAUGGUCGACCCGCUCCGCUCAGGCGUGGACUAGACGGGUGAACCAGCUUAUCCUCGAGAUCCAGCAUGUGAGCCCGCAUGACAUAGACAUAGUCGUGACACCGAUGUCGCGCGGUUUGAAUAUGAAUAUGUGGGAGAAAGUUUCGAACAGUUUUAGCUUAGUAGCAUCGUGCAUGGUCAUAGCACGGUUGGCUACAGUUCGGUCUAAGCCACUCUCCGUGUGGUUUAACUGUUUGAUGGCUCUGUCCAUCUGCGGAGCCGCAGUCACAGGGAGCUUUCGCCGCUAUCAGUAUGUCACCUAUCCAUGCACCAUUCUUGACAAGUCCGGAACAGUCCUCGCAUCAGCGAACCCAUCUCGUGCCAAGCUGUUCAUGGAGAGAGAUCUUAAGGCAGAGUAUAUCAAAACCGUCAAAAUGCUAAUAAAAACUAGCGAAAGUAUGAUCGAGAAAUUAGCCGUACUACGAAGCCAUCACGAGUCACACGAACUGGAGGGGCAUGGAGUGCUCGACGCUGUGGAUACUUUUAUCCAGACACUCAAGAGGAACAUAGAGGAGAUGAAAGGGCGUGUCAUAGCCAUGGAACGCAAGAUUGAGAUAUUGGAUGCGGAGAUUGAGGCUGCCAGUAGAACUACGAAGGAGCGCGAGGUUUGA